AGCGCCAUGGUCAAAGGCGAAGAAUCUGAGACGAUGAACGGGAUUGCUGGUCACUCUUCUAAUCGGGAGGAGCCGCUCAGGGAGACCAUGGAACUGAAGAAGGAGAUCUCCCUGCUCAACGGAGUCAGCCUGAUUGUAGGGAACAUGAUUGGCUCCGGUAUUUUUGUCUCACCUAAGGGUGUGCUCAUCUACAGUGCCUCCUAUGGACUGUCAUUAGUCAUCUGGGCCAUUGGAGGCUUGUUUUCGGUGGUAGGGGCCCUUUGCUACGCCGAGUUGGGAACCACAAUCACCAAAUCAGGGGCUUCAUAUGCUUACAUCUUAGAAUCGUUUGGUGGCUUCAUUGCAUUCAUUCGUUUAUGGACAUCUUUGUUGAUCAUCGAACCCACCAGUCAGGCGGUCAUAGCCAUUACGUUUGCGAACUACCUGGUGCAGCCGCUCUUUCCAACGUGUCAACCUCCAUACGCAGCAUCCAGGCUCAUUGCCGCAGCAUGUAUAUGUUUACUGGCGUUUAUAAACUCUGCCUACGUGAAGUGGGGUACGCGUGUGCAGGACAUUUUCACCUAUGCAAAGGUGGCAGCCCUCAUCGUCAUCAUAGUUACCGGCAUUGUCAAGCUUUGCCAGGGUCACACGGCCAACUUUGAGUCGUCCUUUCAGGGUUCAUCCUCAGAUCCUGGUGGUAUUGCUCUGGCGCUGUACUCUGCACUCUUUUCUUAUUCAGGCUGGGACACCCUUAACUUUGUAACAGAAGAGAUCAAAAACCCUGAGAGGAACCUGCCCCUGGCGAUUGCCAUCUCCAUGCCUAUUGUCACAAUCAUCUACAUCCUCACCAACGUGGCCUACUAUGCUGUUCUGGAUGUCAGUGCUAUACGGGCCAGCAAUGCUGUGGCAGUGACCUUUGCAGACCGAACUCUGGGUGUCAUGAGCUGGACUAUACCCAUCGCUGUAGCUCUGUCCUGUUACGGAGGCCUGAAUGCCUCCAUUAUAGCUGCAUCCAGGUUGUUUUUCGUAGGAUCCCGGGAGGGUCACCUUCCUGACGCGCUGUCCAUGAUCCAUAUACAGAGAUUCACCCCGAUCCCUGCUCUGAUCUUCAAUUGCAUCAUGUCACUGAUCUACCUGAUGGUUGAAGAUGUCUUCCAACUCAUCAACUACUACAGUUUCAGCUACUGGUUCUUCAUGGGCCUGUCUGUCGCCGGGCAGAUCUACCUUCGCUGGAAGCAGCCGGACAGACCCAGACCUCUUAAGCUGACCUUAUUGUACCCGGUGGUGUUCUGCCUGUGUUCCGUUUUCCUCGUGGCAGUUCCUAUGUACAGCGACACCGUCAACUCUCUGAUCGGCAUUGGCAUCGCCCUGUCAGGGGUUCCUGUUUACUUCCUAGGUGUCUGUUUGCCAGAGUCCAAGAGACCACCUAUCAUCAUCAAGCUGCUGCGCUCCCUGACAUACUUCACCCAGUACACCUGCUUCUGUGUUCUGACAGAGACCAACAAAAGCCAGUAG